GCGCAAAUUUUAAAUUAUCUUCAUAAUUCAUCCUAACAGCUCAUAAAUAUGAAGUCAAACACAAGCUUGUUUACGUAAUUUAUCUUUCCUUUUUUAUAUGUAAGCUACGUUCUGUGUCCUAUUGUCGCAGAGCAUAAAUCUAAGAGUUUCAGAUAACAACAUCUGCUUCAGUGUAAAAAAAAUCACAACAAUGGGGAAAGGAGGCGGGUGUGUACCUAGCAAGAAGAAGGCGCCCAUUUAUGGUUCGAAGAAGAAUGAUCCAGUUUCAGAGAGCAUGGAAACCCAAUCGCGAGUAACGGAAACGACAACAAUCGCAGUCCGAGAAGCGCCGAUCGAAGCAGAAACGAAGAAGCUGAGGGUUUUCAUAGUGUAUUACUCAAUGUACGGUCACGUGGAGUCACUGGCGCGGGAAAUAAAGAAAGGUGUGGAUUCGGUAGAAGGAGUGGAGGGCGUGUUGUACCGAGUGGCAGAGACGCUACCCAAGGAAGUGCUAGAGAUGAUGAAGGCGCCGCCGAAGGACGAUAGCGUUCCGGUGACAACGGCGGAGAAAUUGGUGGAGGCGGAUGGGGUGAUAUUCGGGUUUCCGACGAGGUUCGGGAGCAUGGCGGCGCAGAUGAAGGCGUUUUUCGAUUCGACGGGGCAGCUAUGGAGGGAACAGAAGCUGGCGGGAAAACCUGCUGGCUUCUUUGUGAGUACCGGCACACAGGGCGGUGGCCAAGAAACGACCGCGUGGACGGCAAUUACACAGUUAGCGCAUCAUGGGAUGAUAUAUGUUCCAGUGGGAUAUACAUUAGGAGCUGGAAUGUUUGAAAUGGAAUCAGUUAGAGGAGGGUCUCCCUAUGGUGCUGGGGUUUUUGCUGGGGAUGGAACCAGGCAAGCUACUGAUAAAGAGCUUGCCCUUGCUGAGCAUCAGGGCAAGCAUAUGGCUACAACCGUCAAGAAAUUGUCUCUCACUUCCUAAAUUUGUUUGUACUCUCCAAUAAAAGAAAAAUCAUAUCCCAAUCAAUGUUUUGUUUUUAAUGGUCGUGUUGAGGUGUGGUUUGAAUCUAUUGGUCUAUGCCGGGCUGAAGAGGAAAAAUUAUUGGCCUAUGCCAGGCUGAAGAGGAAAAAUUCAUGAUCACCUU